UCUAAUCUAAUACUGCUAGUAUUACUGCCAGUGACCAACUAGCCACUGCCUCCUCGCCGGCGUCCGACACUUUUGCCGGAGCAUAAUUUCUGUCCCCCUGAGAUUUCCCCGAAAAAAUUGAACUUCGAACUGACUAUAGAUUUAACAAAUUGGAGAUAUGGAUGAAUCGAUUGGUUGAGUUUUCACUGUAACUUACUGAGUAACAGAGCAAGUAAUUACUAAUAGUAUAUAUCAGUGAUGAGCACGGGUUCGGGGUCGGAGUCGAAGUCGUCGGAGCCUGACUUCAACCCGAACUCAAGCUCAAACGGUUGGGGCAAGGCGCGGGGAGUGGUGCUUAAGUCCCUUGUGUUAAUCGGAGGUGCCCUGUUGCUCAAACGCCUCACCAAGUCCACUACUCGCUGGGACCACGCUCGCAUCGUAGCUCAAUCCCUCGCCGGUGAAAAGUUUUCGAGGGAGCAAGCGUCUAGAGAUCCUGAUAAUUACUUUAAUUUGAGAUGGCUAUCAUGCCCAGCUGCCGAAAUGGUUGAUGGUUCGAAAGUUUUGUAUUUUGAACAGGCAUUCUGGAGAACUCCUCAUAAACCAUAUCGCCAGAGAUUCUACAUGGUAAAGCCUUGCCCAAAGGAGAUGAAAUGCGAUGUUGAGGUAAGUACGCAUGCCAUCAGAGAUGCCGAAGAGUAUAAGAAUUUUUGUGAUCGCCCGAAGGACCAGCGGCCAGAACCUGAAGAAGUUAUUGGGGACAUUGCUGAGCAUUUGACAACUAUUCACCUCAAACGUUGCGACCGUGGAAAACGCUGCUUAUAUGAAGGUUCAACUCAACCAGAUGGAUUCCCUAAUACAUGGAAUGGUGCGGCAUACUGUACAUCAGAACUCUCUGUGUUAAAGAACAACGAGGUACACAUUUGGGAUAGAGGCUAUGAUGAAGAAGGAAAUCAAGUGUGGGGUGCAAAAGGAGGUCCUCACGAGUUCAAGCCAGCUCCUGCUUCAAGUUUUGAUGACAUGUUCUCUCCCUUGAAUUUUCCUCCUCAACCUUUAGAAAAGAGGAUACAAGGUUCAUUUGUACUUCAAGAAUGAUCACUUGCUCUACAGAAGCGGAAAAUGUAAAUACAACUUCACAUCCAAUAUAUUAAGAGUUUCUCUUU